GCAGAUUUUCUGUGAUAAAUUAGGUAUGUGAUACUCAUCCCAUGGCUCUAGGAGCUUUAAACUCCAUCAUAUAUAUGCUCUGCGGUCCUCCGAAGCUCCCUUGAAAACUUUUUAAGAUUCGAAGGAUACGCUUCUAUCAGUCCUUGCAGGUCAAAUAUUCGUAGUGCUACUUGGACGACAAUUACCCUCGCUCGUACCUACAGUCCGACUUGCUAGAUCUCCCGGCUCUGUCUACCUACGCGAGCAAGGAGGGAAGAGGAAGGAGGAUGUCGUACUUUCGCAUAACACUUCACCGGUCUGCUAUUGGUCUACCGCAACGCACGCGCGGUGUGUUGGCGGCGCUUGGCUUGCGCAAACGCUCGCAGACCGUAUUCCACCCAGUCUCUGCACAGGCGGCGGGUAUGAUCCUCAAAGUCAAAGAGCUGGUCAAAGUAUCCGAGGUCGAACGUGUGCUUACGCCUAAGGAGAUGCGCGAAGAGCGGAAACCGGAACCAGGGUUUUGGAUCGAGAAAGCCGUGCCGCGGUGAAAUUGGGGGGAGGGGUGGGGAGCGACGUAUAAGCUUAAGCCUAGGGGAGAGGGAGACAAGAUGGUAGAGAAGAAUAUUGUUAUACCAACUAGGAGGUGUGACAUAAGAAGCCACUUAGCAUCAGUGUGAUGUAAAAGUAAUGCGGAAUAAAUGCCAGUAAAAAAGGGCAUAGCUCACUUAUCCAAAGCUCUUUCUCAACCACCUAUACAUCUAAGAUCGUACGGCCACCUGCUUAUAUAACCCUAGAGGCAGGGGAAGUUGUCAAUAUAUAUAUAUAUAUAUAUACCUUAUAUAUACAUCUACGAAAGCUUGCAGGGCUAGUCCACCGAUAGGACAAGGUACGUGUGUGGACUGAAGUAA